GUCUCGACUUUUCGACCUACAACCCUUCUUCAACCCGCCAAACACGACAAUCGACCGGUAACGCAUCUCCAGCAUUCAAGAUGCGUACCUACGACGACACUUUCUCCGGCCAGAAGAUCUACCCUGGAAAGGGUAAGCUGUACGUCCGUGGCGACAGCAAGAUCUUCCGCUUCCAAAAUGGAAAGUCCGAGUCCCUCUUCCUCCAGCGCAAGAACCCUCGCCGGAUAUCCUGGACCGUACUCUACCGUCGUCAACACCGCAAGGGUAUCUCUGAAGAAGUUGCCAAGAAGCGUUCUCGCCGUGUCGUCAAGUCCCAGCGUGCUAUCGUCGGUGCUUCCCUUGACGUGAUCAAGGAGCGACGAAGCCAGCGCCCUGAGGCCCGUGCGGCCGCUCGCCAACAAGCCAUCAAGGACGCCAAGGAGAAGAAGGCUGCUUCUGAGAGCAAGAAGAAGGCUGAGAAGGCCAAGUCUGCUGCUAGUGCCUCUGCCGGCAAGGCUCGUAUCCAAAGCAAGCAGGGUGCUAAGGGUGCUCCUAUCAAGGUUCAGGCCAAGUCUCGUUAAAUGUGAAAGACGAUAGUAGACGUUUGGGGGGUUAUGAGUCGAGGACGAAGCGCAUUUUUCAGACCCGGGAAAACUGAAUAGGGGCUUUCAUACUGGGAUUCUUACUUUUUUUUUGCCACAUGUUUUAUCUGGAGCUGGACUGUGUUCCCAUGUUAUUCAAUGAAUAAAUAACAAAACAAAAGGGAAAAAGGAACAUGUUAUCGAGCAAUAACAAUCGGUGCUACGAUCCGUCUGGCAUUUGGACAGAGGUAACUUUACAGCGUAUCUUCAGAAUGUAGAUACUCUUGUGUGGCUUCAGUGGCAUUGAGUAGGAAUACAAUGAUGACGAUCAAUCUAUUGCUAGAGAUCUGCUGUUAGGACGGUAUCUCCUAGUUCUGGGCAUAUCUACUGUAAAGA